AUGGGUAGCACCGGUGCUGUUUGUGAAGAAGAAGGACAGUACGAUGAUGAUGUGUAUUUGAAGAGUAUGGUGGAGGUUCAUAAUUUUCUAGGUCUUACAGGUUAUUACCGACGCUUCGUAGAAGGGUUCUCGUUGAUCGAAGCGCUGUUGACUAAGUUACUGCGCCGUUGGAAGGACGCUCAACAGGAGAGCUUUGAGAAACUCAAGACAGUUGUAACUCAGGCUCUAGUUCUGAUACAACCUGAGUCUGGCAAGGAUUUCGUGGUUUACAGUGAUGCAUCACAUAAGGAGUUAAACCUUAGACAGCAUCGUUGGGUGGAGCUGCUUAAGAAUUAUGACUGGGUUAUCGAGUACCAUCCAGGUAAAGCCAAUAUGGUGGCAGAUGCGUUAAGUCAUAGGGUGAUGACUGAUUUGAGGGCUAUGUUCACUCGACUGAGUCUUUAUGAAGAUGGGAGCCUUUUGGCUGAGUUGCAGGUUAAGCCGAUGUGGUUGGAUCAGAUUAAGGAUACGCAGUUGGGAGAUAAGUCUCUUGAGUUGCAAUUCCGUCAGGUUGAGGCUUGUACUACCACUGAUUUUAGGAUUGACAGUAAUGGGGUGUUGCGUUUCUGA